ACAAUGUUCGCUCGUCUUUCUACCAUCGUUCUUGCUGCCUCCGUUCUUGUGGCCGCCAAGCCCUGGGGCGGCGACGGUACGACCACUACGGUCACUGUGACUGCUCCUACUUCCACCGCGACGGAGCCCGCUAGCCAGUGCAACACGGGUCCGAUCCAGUGCUGCGACCAGGUUAACGAUAUUUCUGACCCUUUUACCGGGUUCUUACUCGGCCUCCUUGACAUCGUGAUUAACGACGUCGAUGUCCUCAUCGGAAUUGGCUGCUCUCCUAUCAGUAUCUUGAGUGGCGGCGACACCUGCGAUGCAGACCCCGUUUGCUGCGAGAACAACAACUUCGCGAGUAUUCUGGAUGGGCUCGUCGCCAUUGGAUGCGUUCCCGUCAACGUAAACCUCAGGAAGUAAACAUAAGGAGCUAUGUAUAUCUCUUCGGACGCGUUCCUACCCGACCUGAUCAAAGUCUGGAAGCUUCCCUCGUAAUUAAGAUACUGAGGUUGAUUUCCUUCCGUUUCAUCUGCUAUUUUCUCUGGGCUUGCUACAAGUGUACGAAUAUUGAAUAUGUGUCGGAGUAAAUGAGAAUAUUGUUUUGUG